AUGCUUCGUGUUAAUUAUUAGCAUGUGGAAAGAUAUGCCGAGACUCUCCCGCAGUUAUGUUUGUACCAGAAGGGAGAAAAGUUACACAAGAUGGCAAAACACACAGAUCCGGAAUGAAGGGGCACCGAUCCCCACUGAUUUAAAAUCAGCUUUUUCCCAUUUCCGCGAUCAGCAGCACCGAUGCAGCCGUGCCAACGGAAAAGUCUAAUGUGUUUCCUGUGGGAAAUGCCAUAUGGUCAAGAGAAGAUUUGACUCUAAUAUUGAGUCCCUUACAAAAAUAAUCAAAGUAAACAUCAAGGAGAGAACUUACCACAGCCCUGUCAAUGCCACAUGGUCAUUCUAGAAGACAAGAAGAUGCUGAUACAUUUGGAUUUUGGUAAAUAAAUACCCGUGCACAAAUUGUUGGUGCUCAAAGGAAGAAUUAAGAAAAACAAAAGACUGAAAACAGAAGAUUUUUAUUAAGCAAGAAAGAAAGUGCUGCUAGUCUUGUGCUCUAGGCUAUGAUGUUUCGUGAUCAGGUUGGUGUCCUGAACAGUUGGUUCAAGGGGUGGAAUGAGUGUGAACAGACUGUAGCCUUGCUGUCGCUGCUUAAGCGUGUUAGCCGGACGCAGGCCCGUUUUCUGCAGCUUUGUCUAGAGCAUUCUCUUGCUGAAUGCACCGAACUACAUGUAUUGGAGGCAGAGGCCAACAACCCAGUGGUGAUAAGCCAGUGGCAAAGUGAGCCCAAAGAAAGGGUCAUCUCUUUAGUCCUGAGCCAUCUCCCAUUAUUGAAGCCUGGGAAUGUGGAAGCCAAGGGGGAAUACAUGUGCCUGCUCCCAAAAAUCCUGGCACACACCAUUGAGCAUGUGCGCCAUCUGGAGGAGAGUCGGCAACUGCUGUCUUAUGCCCUAAUCCAUCCUGCCACCUCCCUAGAGGAUCGGGCAGCACUUGCGCUGUGGCUCAAUCACCUUGAGGAGAGGGUUGCAUCAAGAGGAGCUGGGGACUCCCUGGAGCGGUCCUCCACGCCCCAUCAGCAGCAUCCUCAGCUGUACCCACAUCAUCAACGUUACGGUUCAGAUGAUCGACUCAACGGCUGGCAGAGCUCCCGGGAUUCUGCUCUAGGGAGCUGGCAGCACCAGCAGAGCACAGAAAAUGGGCACCUCCCUCUUUACCCUGCUUCCUCUCUCCCUUCUACCAUCAAUAUGGUGGGCUCUGGCAGUGGGACCAUCACAAUCCUGUCUGGUGGACAGCACAGCCCCCUGAAGCGCUCAGUGUCCCUGACACCUCCAAUGAGUGGUACUGCCAGCCAGGCCCUGGGCCAUGUUUGGCUGUCUCAAGAGGAUCUGCGGGUCCGUGGCCCAGCCUCCGACCAUGCCCCCCUCUCCCCCCAAAGCAGUGUGGCAUCCUCAGGAAGUGGGGGCAGUGAGCAUUUGGAGGAAGGUUCUGGCAUGGGUGGUGCCGUACACCGCAGCACAUUCCAUGAAGAGGGCAGUGGCAUGAGAGAUGUACCGGCUUGGUUGAAAAGUCUCCGCCUCCACAAGUAUGCAUCUUUGUUCUCAACCAUAACCUAUGAUGAAAUGAUGUCACUCACAGAACAACAGCUGGAGACCCAGAAUGUUACUAAAGGGGCAAGACACAAGAUUAUUAUCAGUAUUCAGAAGCUUAAGGAGAGGAUAAACGUUCUUCGUUCUCUGGAAAAGGAUGUUUUGGAAGGAGGUAAUCUACGUGCCCCUUUACAGGAGCUUCACCAGAUGAUCUUGACACCCAUAAAGGCUUGCAGGAACUUGGAGCCAGGACAACACUCAUUGCUCAGUUCUGAUGGAAAGGAAAAUGUCCCAAGUUCACACUUAAGUGGAAAUGAAGCACAAUCAGGUGUCUCAGCCAAUGCAGAAGAUGACAUCCCUGCCCAGUUUACUCGUGUCAUGGGCAAAGUUUGCACACAGCUACUUGUCUCCAGACCAGAUGAAGAGAACAUCAGUUCCUAUCUGCAACUAAUUGACAAGUGUUUGACCCAUGAGGCUUUUUCAGAGACACUGAAAAAGAGACUCUUGUCCUGGAAGCAACAGGUGCAGAAGUUAUUCCGUUCCUUUCCAAGGAAAACUCUCUUGGACAUAGCAGGAUAUCGGCAGCAGAGAAGUCGUGCUUUUGGCCAGUCCAGCUCCCUCCCAACUGCCGGUUGUGUUGGGGGAGGCUUGUCAGCACGGAGAAGCUUGCGCCAGUUCCACUUGCCAUCACGGAGUCUGCCUGGAGCAAGAUUGGGGCUGUUGGGCUCCUCGGGCAUUUUGGGACCAACUCCACAUGCUGCCAGCAGCACCCCAAACAGCCUGAAACAAGGCAGGCAGGGUCUAUGGUUUGCCAACCCUGGAGGAAGCAACAGCAUGCCCAGCCGGACACACAGUUCGGUGCAGAGAACCCGCUCCCUACCUGUCCACACGCCACACACACUGCUUACAUUUCAGCAGAGUGAUCUCCAGGUGUCAGUGACAGAACCAGACAUCAACAACCGCCUUGAGUCUCUUUGCCUGAGUAUGACAGAGCACGCUUUGGGAGAUGGCGUUGACAGAACAUCAACAAUCUGAGUGUGGAAAGAGAACACUUGGAGAAAAUGAGCUGCCUAUGCAUUGAGUGAAAGGUUCUACCCCAGACCUGGGCCUGCCUGCCACCUUUUCCUCUAACUAGGAGCCAACUGCCCUGGUGGAUGGCAAGGUGCAAAAAAAUAAAUGCCAUUUCACUGCCCCAUAUAUAUUUUUGUGAACAAAAAUUAUAUGUUUACAAACAAGAUAUUUUCUAAAUGAAGGUAUAAUAUAAAAUGGUCUCUGCCCAAGGGACAGGAUGGUGAAAAAUGUAAUGAAACUACAGCUACUAGUAUUUUUAGAAGUCUACAGCUAUAGUGUGUAUAUUUUGUAGUAGACAUCAUCUCAAAUGAUUGGUUUUUUUCCAGAGAGGCAAAAGGUUCAUAGAGGUUAAGCUUUAUGAUGAAAGUGCACCAUUUUGCAUAUAACUAGCAGCUAAUGCCACUUCUAAAUCACCAGCAAACUAACAAGUUAAUGAUGUUUGCUUUGUCGGUUGGUUAUUUGGUUUUUAAACAAGGGAAGAAACAUUUAUUGUUUACACAAAAUGUUAUAUCUAAGGGUAUGGAGUAAUAUGAGCUUUUAUAGCUACCGUUUCUACAUGAUCUUUAUUUUAUUUCCAUAUUGUAGCAUUCAGCAUAGUUAAUUGUCUCGCUUACCUGUAGUGAAUCUGAGAAAGUAUAUGUAUGUAUGUUGUGUGGAUUCAGGCUAAUUGAGUAGAAGGAAAACCAAGACAAAGGGGUGAGAAUGUAAGGUUUGUGAGAAUGGAGUUCAGUGGAUAAUGUGCUGGAAGAAAAAUAGUGGGGAAAAGAAAGUUCGUUGAGACAGAAUGUUACAUGAGGCAAUCGUGUUGUCAUUGUUCAGUUUCAGAGAAAAAGGAACCUGAAUUUUAGAGGGAAAUAUUGAACACAAAAGUUAUAAGAAUGUUAUACAGGUAGCAAAAGCAACAAUAAGAUUAAUAUGUGAUUUUCUUUACCAUUUGCUAGCAUUUGCAAAUGGUAAAUUGCACUGUUUUGUGUAUGGUUAUGUAAAACUUAAGUUGUAAAAGUUGUGCAUGUUGUGCUAAAUAGUGUCUUAUGUUGGAUAAGCAGCAUUGACAAGGUAAAUAUAAAAAAAUAUAUAUUUUGCUUGUCCUAGGAUUGUGGGUGUUUAGGUAGAUAAGUGUAAAGUAAAAAUAAGUUUAAAUGGAUUAUAUGCAUGACUAUUAAUGGUCUAAGCAGGAGAAAGAUACCAGCUAUGUUCAUCUUUAAAAUAUAAGGAAAGGUAAGGUUUACUGAAGAAUUAAUUCAUGAACUGGUUAAAUGGAAAAUUAUAUAUAUAUUCCUUUUUAUAACUGAAACCAUUAAGAUAAAUAUUUCCAAUCACAGAAACCUUGUUCAAUUGUUUUUACUACCAUCUAGUGGUCAAAUUUAGGAUAAUUCCAUCUGGGAGUCAAAUUUUACAGAUUUCCAAAACGUUUCCCUUUAACUAAAUUUUCAACCUAUAUCUUCUUGUCUAAUUCAGUCUUUGUCUUAAAUUAAUUGUAUAUGACACUGUGGCAUUUGUUUUUGUAUUAAUCUUGGUUUUAAAAUUACAAUUUCAGUUUCCUAUAUUUCAGUUUUCACUGUAGACAGAUGUCUUUCCAUUUACUGGAAAUAGAUCAUGUAUUUAGUUCACAUAAGGGUUGUAUGAGGAUUUCAAUUCAAAGCCUUUUUUUGUAACAGUAAGCCUACUAUGCCUGCUUCUGCUAUCCCAGAAACCACAGGGAACGAAGUAGGGUACAGAAACAUAGGUCACACAGCAAUCGUCAUAAACCCUGGGUAAUUUUAGGGUGCUUUUCCAGUGCACCAAGUACUGUACUUUUGGUACUUUUGCUUUUCCAUUGACUUCCAAUCGAGUACCAGCGUUCCAGUACCGAAAGUGCCAAACCAGCUUGGGUACUUCUUUGGUACUUUGGGGUGGGACUUGAAAUUUUUUCUUUGUCAAUUGGUUAUGCAAAUACUCUGCUGCUGACACACACUACAAAUGCCCCCUUGACAACAGUUGCAAACUCAGAAAAUAAUAAAUAAAGUUUAAAAGGCGACUUGGUCGUAAGAACAUAUGCAUUAAAAAGAUCUGGAUGAGGUAAGGAGCAUGCAUUGAUUACAGUGCAUUGCCACACCUACAUGACAAACCAUCUCAGGGAUGAGAACCUGAGUGUAGCCAUGCAGUGGGCGAUACCUCAACACCAUACUAGUCUGAAUGGACCUGCGUGAGUGUUUUUUUCCCAGUGUCUGGAGUGCCUAUCCUGUUGAAUGUAACGUCACACCCAGGGUGAAGCAAUUGCAGGUUAAGGGCCUUGCUCAAGGGCCCACCAGAGUAGAAUCACUCCAGGCAUUCAUAGGAUUUGAACCAGCAACCUUCCAGUUACUAGCACAGAUCUCUAGCCUCGGAGCAACCACUCCAGUCUGGACGGUGUAACAAGAAAUUAAAAAACAUUUUGUUUUAUAUACUAAUAGAGUGUGUAUAUAGCAUUCUGUCCCAGCGAUGUGAUUUUGUUAUAAUACAUAUUGGGGUAUUUAUAAAACAAAAAAGGAGUUCAUAAAUUUCUCACAAACCCGUCUUCGAGUGAUUUAAAUGACAAGGAUGAAAAUGAUUAAGUUUGUCUCGGAGAAGACAUGCAGUGCUCAUGUAAAAGCAGCAGAUAAUCUUUAAACUCUUAACUCUCUUACCUCUUUUAAACAUGUAAGAAUCUAUAAAAGGAAUAAUAAUUAAAAUUGCAAAGCUUGCUAACUUUAUUUUUCCCAUGAAGGAGUGACAGAGUAAAAAUAUUUUAGCAAAAUUUUAACCCCCUUAAUGUUUGUACAGAACUGAAAGUAAGAAAAUGCCUUAUUUUAAUAUAGCUGACUAGCAAUGUAAGAAUUGUAUGUGCAUAACAUGCAAUGUGGGUAAUAAUAUUGCACACCGCCAAGCCGUAUAGCAUACUACAGCCAUUCUUCGAAUUCAAUUCAAAAUACCCCGCCUUGAGUUGUGAUAUCCUUCAGUCCAGUUAAGCCAACACCUUCAAGUACUGUAAUUUUGGUACUUUCUCGAAGUACCGAAAGUACGGUAAUCGGUAUGAUUGAAAAACAUUAAUACUAAAAACUACUAAUUUUAAACCACAACUUUGGAGGUGGAACUGGGAAUGUUCAAACACAGCAAGGGUACCAUGAGCCAUCAUACCCUCAUUUCCUGUUUUUUUCCACAAUGGUUUUUGCUUUUGCUUAUAAUAGGAAAAAGAUUAUCAGGACAUGCAAACAAGCUUGUCAAAGAAGUUAGAUUUUAUAUAAAUCAAACCUUGUCUGUGGUGGGUGAUGCUGCAGACCUGAUUUUAGAGAGAUGCAGCUUUUUCAGGAAUCAUUUAACAUUUUCAUCUGUACAAUGAUACAAAAUAUUCUCCAAGCCUUUAACCUUGGAAACUGGCGUAAGUGUUAAACAGUGUAUUUAGAGGAAACUGGUGACAUUGAGAAUUACUUGUUAUGCUUCCCAAUUUAACUCCCGGUUUCACUGGUUAGCAAAUGUAUAAGAACACAUAAUUGACCAGCUGAAGGCAGAGAAAUCCAUACAUCUAAAUUCAGAAAGAAAAUAUUUUUUUAUUGUCCAUGCAGUAUCAGCCUCACAAUCUUCAUUGAAUGUGCAUUUCAGUUAGAACUCGGAUAACAUUAUAUGCCUUCGCUGUGUGUAAAUUUUUCCCUGCAUUGCAUGGUUUAAGUUGAACCUCUAGCAGGAUCUCUGUUUUUGAAUAUUUGAAAUGCCUAAAGCUGCAUGGUGGAAUUAAAAAAGUAUACUGAGUAUAAUUUUGUAAGAAAUGUGCAUAUAUGGCAAAAAUGUCUUUUUACACAAUUUACCUUUUAAGGAAAAGCCACUUAAAAUCUCUGCCAAAUAAAUACUAUUUGCAGAUCUCAAUAGUUAUUUAUUGGUUUUCCUAUUUCACUUUUAUGCACACACUUGUUAUGGCUUCCUAUGGCUGGUGACCAUAAAUAUAACUCAAAUUAAUUCAUGUCAAUGAUUCUGUUGCCAGAAAAACUCUUGAAUGCUUAUAAAUUGAUUGUGAGAUUUAGUGAAUUUUCGUGAGGUUAAUUUAUAUUUGAAGCAGAAUGGUCAACAGUUCACUAAAAGUGUUUCCUUCAGUCCUAAUAUUGACAAAGGUAGCAGGCUUUCAGAUGAACCCACACGUUCCUCUAUCAACUUUAACACAAAUCAAAUCCAGUUGUUUAUAUUGGUGUCAUUUUAAAUGUAAAAAAAAUAUUACAUAAAUGGAAUAGGAUUUGUGCUGAAUCCUCCAACAGAGAUAUUUUUACAUUGUGUAUUCAUUGGCAUUUUGUAUUACUGCCAAUUUUAUUUUGUAUACUGCAAUAUCACUUCAGUUAUAAAUUCAUAAAGAUAAAACUAUGAAAAACCCUGCCAUUUAUAUGUGAAUAGGAGGGGUCAGUGUGUGUAUUUGUAUAAAAAUCAUGUUUGAGGAAAUGACAAAGUAUGAAAGAAACCAUUUUUGUCUUGUUGAGAUGCAUGCACAAAGCUGAGAGGUCAUAUAUAUUUAGAAUAACAAAUGGAAGUGCCUUUUAUAUACUCUACUUUUAGCCAGUAUAUUUUAUACUGACUUUAAUAACAAUGAAAGAAAUUACAGCUGUGUUGAUGCUAGCACAAUCAUUCAUGACAGUCAGUAUUGUUUGGUUGUAGGAAAAUUGGACAGCAUCUUCUUGCUGCCAAGAAAUCAGCUCAUUAUGAUAUCAAACUCGAUUGCUACUCUCAGUGCGGAAACAAAAUUUUAAGUACACAUAUGUAAAACUGUCAAUGUGUGAAUGUUUUAAAAUGUAUGUAUUUUCACAAAAAAUGCACAAGAGUGAUAGCACAACAGUUUAUUUAUGACUUCAGAUACAUGUCAGAUAAAUUACAAAAGAUGGUUGCCGGUGAAAUAUUAAACGGUUAAAAUUUGGAAAUACUAGUUUCAAGUAAAAAUUUCAAUGGCUUAAGAUACUGUAAUUUGAUGUUUAGAAUAGGAUCCAGGCAUGUUUUACAAUUGGCUGGGACACAAGCCAACAACUUUCUAUUGAAAUGAAACAAUUUUCAAAAGAACCUCUACAGUGCAGUGAAAAUGUAUAAAUGUUGCAAUAUAACACUAUGUGUUUCAAUUACAGCAGGAACAAUGUCUGUCUGUAUGUAUGUAUGUUAUUAUUUGUACAACAAAUGAAUCUCUUUUUCCCCCA